AAAUCACCACAAAUGGCUAUUGGUAUAAAACAGGCAACAUCACACCCAAACACAUAAAAAGUUGUGAAAAUUGAAUCAUUGGAAGCGCAUAGAACCGUGACCUUCUAAAACUGCCUUGCUCAGCACUUGAUCCCAGGUACUGAGAGCAGCGUUGACAAAAGACCAAGUGGAAGGAUUGAGGUGUCAGCACUCUUGACUCUAGCGAAGAUGACCCCGACUUGCCAUCUGCUGCUGCCUGGAAAACAAGCUCGGACCACUUCGGCUUCUUGGGCUCAUUCCGCGAGCAGCCGCGCGCACACUGCGUAUAGCAUAGACCGCUAGGUGAGUUUGUCACAAGUUGAUAAGCGCCCCUAGGAAUGGACUCAGACGAGGGAUAUAACUAUGAAUACGACGACGAAGAGGAGGAAUGUAGCGAGGACAGCGCCGAAGACGAGCCCGAGGACGACACCCUGGAGCUCGGCGAGGUUGAGUUGGUCGAUCCCGUGGUGGCAGCCGGGGAGCGGGACGAGUCUGGCGAUACGGUCGGUGGCGGUCAAGGCCCCGGCGAGGAAGAGGAGGAGGACUACCGUUUUGAGGUCCUGACCGCUGAACAGAUUCUCCAGCACAUGGUGGAGUGCAUCAAAGAGGUCAACGAGGUUAUCCAGAAUCCUGCAACAAUUACACGCAUCCUUCUUAGUCACUUCAACUGGGAUAAGGAAAAACUCAUGGAAAGGUAUUUUGAUGGCAAUCUGGACAAGCUUUUCUCAGAGUGUCACGUCAUCAACCCCAGCAAGAAACCGCGGAUCCGCCCUCCAAUCAACACGAGAUCAUCUGCACAGGACAUGCCGUGUCAGAUCUGCUAUUUGAAUUUCCCUAACUCUUAUUUUACCGGCCUAGAGUGUGGACAUAAGUUCUGCAUGCAGUGUUGGGGCGAUUACCUGACUACUAAGAUCAUAGAAGAAGGGAUGGGACAGACCAUUUCUUGUCCUGCUCAUAGUUGUGACAUUUUGGUUGAUGACAACACAGUAAUGCGACUCAUAACAGAUUCAAAAGUCAAGUUGAAGUACCAGCAUUUAAUUACAAAUAGUUUUGUAGAGUGCAAUCGACUGUUAAAGUGGUGCCCCGCUCCAGAUUGCCAUCAUGUCGUCAAAGUCCAGUACCCAGAUGCCAAACCAGUGAGGUGCAAGUGUGGCCGACAAUUCUGCUUCAACUGUGGGGAGAACUGGCAUGAUCCUGUCAAGUGCAAGUGGUUGAGAAAGUGGAUUAAGAAAUGUGACGAUGACAGUGAAACUUCAAAUUGGAUUGCCGCAAAUACCAAGGAGUGUCCAAAGUGCCAUGUGACCAUCGAGAAAGAUGGAGGCUGCAAUCACAUGGUUUGUCGGAACCAGAACUGCAAAGCUGAGUUCUGCUGGGUCUGCUUAGGACCAUGGGAACCUCAUGGUUCUGCUUGGUACAAUUGCAAUCGCUACAAUGAAGAUGAUGCCAAGGCUGCCAGAGACGCUCAAGAGCGUUCGAGAGCGGCCCUGCAGAGGUACCUGUUCUACUGCAACCGCUACAUGAACCACAUGCAGAGCCUGCGCUUUGAGCACAAGCUGUACGCUCAGGUCAAGCAGAAGAUGGAGGAGAUGCAGCAGCACAACAUGUCCUGGAUCGAGGUGCAGUUCCUGAAGAAGGCCGUGGAUGUGCUGUGCCAGUGCCGCUCCACGCUCAUGUUCACUUACGUUUUUGCCUUCUACCUCAAGAAGAACAACCAGUCUAUUAUUUUUGAGAACAACCAGGCCGACUUGGAAAACGCCACUGAAGUGCUGUCCGGCUACCUAGAACGAGACAUCUCCCAGGAUUCCUUGCAGGAUAUCAAGCAGAAAGUACAAGACAAGUACAGAUACUGCGAGAGCCGGCGACGGGUUCUGCUGCAGCACGUGCACGAAGGCUACGAGAAGGACUUGUGGGAGUACAUUGAGGAUUGAGGACACGUCCCAACGCUUUGAACUCUGGAGUAUCUUGACAAAAUAAGAGCGCUGAUGCAAUUGAUCAGGGCAGUACGGGCCUUCUGCUGCCUCUCUUUUUGGCAAACCUACCACUUUUGCAUCCUUUUGUUUAACAAUAUCUAAGUAAAUUAUAUUUAAAUGAAAAGGUAGAGUAAUUAAAAAAAAGUGUACUACAGUAUUGUUAGCGGCAGAAAGUCCAUCUUAAACAAAAACUCACAUUCUCUUGGUUUAUUGUAACACACACCUGUCUCUUUUGUUUUUUGUUUUUGUUUGUUUUUGCUUGUGAAUCUUUCCAAAUUUUGGGGUUGUUUUCCCAUUAGUGUGAAAAUGUUUUAAACAGCUUUAAUCGUCCUGGCCAUGUCUGCAGUAUGUGGCGAGGUCCUUUUGUGUGGUGGGUUGAUUGUCAAGGGGCAAAGACAUUUCAUAGAAAAAAAAAAAAAGAAAACUAAAGGAAAAAAAAAAACCUAGCAAGUCAUUUUUUUGUUGUUUUUUUUUUUUUAAUUUGUAAAUAGUGCGUAUGCAUGGAAGUUAAAGGGCAAGUGUGGCACGCGUUUGCAUCAUUUUGACCUAUUUAUUCUUUACAAACAUUGCAAAAAGGUGUUUGGCAAUACAGAGCAACGCACAGGUGGCCUCACCGGGAGCUCUGAAUGGACACUACUUGAAGCUGGAGAAGGUUUUAAAAGGUGUCCGGCGUGUAUGUGUCUGCUCAAUGUCCUUGCUUCUAACCUGCUGCCCUUCAUGCUUCAAAGUUAUUUUUAGAAUUGUUUGC